GCAGCGUGACCGGAAAUGUGUCGCAACGUUCGGAAACCAACGGCGCACCGACGUGACUCGGUUGUUAAAAUUUGUUUAGUUAGUUACUUAGUCAUUCUAGUAUUUCCGUAAGCCUUCGUUGUUUUUUGUCUAAGUUGUCAGGAGGAAGAUAUACAUUUGUCUUGAAGCGUAACUCAGUGAAAACAACUUCUGGAUUUAAAGCAGAACUCCUGUAGCGACUUUAAAAACAAUACCUUUGAGAUUGGAGCUGUAGGUGCCCGCAAUGAGUCUACGCACGCUGUCACUGCGAGCCCUGCUGCUCCUGGGGCUUUGGCACACUGGGAGGAGAGGUUUGGCCUCGGCUCCAGAGCUGCAAGAACAGCCCAAAAAGAUAGCUGUGGUUGGAGCAGGCAUCGGUGGAACAGCGGCAGCGUUUUACCUGAGGCAAAAGUUUGGAGCUGGUGUCAAGAUCGACGUGUUUGAAUCCAACAUUGCUGGUGGGCGACUAGCGACAGUGAAGAUUGGAGAUUAUGAGUAUGAGACAGGAGGCUCAGUGAUCCAUCCUCUGAACCUGCACAUGAAACACUUCAUUGAAAGAUUAGGUAUUCCUCCAAGAAUGGAUGUCGGCACUAAAAUGGCAAUCUUUGACGGAAAGGAGCUUGUGUUUGAAGAGAGUAAUUGGUUUAUAAUUAACUUCUUGCGCCUUCUUUGGCGGUAUGGCUUCAAUUUUCUUAGGAUGCAGAUGUGGGUGGAGAGUGUUUUGGACAAAUUUAUGAGAAUCUACCAGUAUCAGCAGUUUGGUUACUCAUUCUCCAGUGUGGAGAGGCUCUUGCAUGCUAUGGGUGGUGAUAGCUUUCUAACCUUGAUGAAUCAGACUCUGGAGGAAACCAUGAUUGGAGAAGGAUUUUCACAGCUCUUCAUCAAUGACAUUGUUGCACCCAUUACUCGUGUCAACUACGGCCAAAGUGUCCGCAUCAAUGGCUUUGUGGGGGCGGUGUCACUAGCAGGAGCAGAUUCGGGCCUGUGGGCAGUGGAUGGUGGCAAUAAGCGGGUGUGCACAGGACUGCUUUACCACAGUAAAAGUGAGCUCAUUAAUGCCAAAGUGACUUCCAUUUCACUCAAGGUUCGACCAUCAAAGAGAGGAAAUACAGCUAGUUUCUAUGAGAUUAACUAUGUGGGAGAAUCGGGCGCUGCACAUUCUUUGUAUGACAUCGUGGUCAUUGCAACACCACUUCAUCAGGGGAAAUCUGACAUCACAUUUUCGGGCUUCAACCCUCCAAUCCCAUCUCACUACCCAGGUCGUUACCACCAGACUGUGGCCACUUUGGUCCAUGGCAUGCUGAACAUGUCCUACCUGGGAACCACCGAGCCAGCCUCAGAGUUUACAGUGUCUGACAUCCUCACCACAGACUCGAAGGGUUGUGUCAUCAACAGCCUGAGCUCCCUCGACCCUGUACACAUCCCUGAUGGUUACAAACGACCCCCUGCCAGUCAGACCAAAGUCUGGAAGGUGUUCUCCUCUAAUUCUCUGACCCAGGAACAACUGCAAAACAUGUUCCUCUCCUAUGAUACACUGUUCGAGACUCCAUGGCUCGCUUACCCUGCUUACCGUCCUCCACACCGCAAAACCCCUCCUUUCAUCCUCCACAACCGGCUGUAUUACCUCAACACUGUGGAGUGGGCAGCUAGUGCCAUGGAGAUGAGCGCCAUUGCUGCCAGGAAUGUGGCCUUGCUGGCACACCACCGCUGGCAUGAACAGAUCAGGAAGAUCGACCAGGAAGACCUACACACCCGACUGAGAGGGGAACUCUGAAAAAUGACAACUAUAGAGAAGUCAAAUCAAGAGCGAGUAAACUCAAUCAAUCAAGCUCAUCCUUUCUGUCAGUUAGAUGAUCAGUCGCUGUACUGGCCAAAGUAGUUUUUUUUUAGAAGGUGGUAGUUUUACAGAGCACAGCAGCUAAUUUUGAGAUCUUUUGUAAUUGCCAAGGGAAAACAAAGAAGACCAGUAACCACAGUGAACCUGAAAGAAUCACUACCAGCAGCAGCAAACAAAACAACAAAAUUAGAAGAAACUGUACUUUUCUGACCCAAGCUGCACUGAAAGGUGGAUACAAGUAUUCCUCUUUCUUAUGUUAGUGCGUAAGUUCCUAAUUGUGCUGUGUGCUUGACCUGAUGAGCAUAGUUCAUCAGGUCAGCCUGUCUUUACACUUUAGUCAAAGUUUUGUGUGGCAUUUAAGAACAUUAAGAUGUCUCUUUGCUGAUUGGUUUACAUGUCCUCCAGUAACUUCCCAGUCUUGCUACCUCCUCAACAGACCACUGUAAACGUUAGUGAUUUUUGACCAGCUAUCCACUAAUUUCAAUUAUAUGUAACUGAACAGGGUAAUCCCACUAAGCACCAGACAACUGUGUAUAAAUUUAGCUGUUAAAAAUGUGAUUGUGCCUUUAAGUUAUCAGGGUUGACUUACUUGUAUAUGAAACCAUUUAGAAAUUGUUUUUCUUUUGGGUCUUCCAGUUUAAUAUUUUAUUUAAAAAAAAAAUUGACAACCGCCAUUAGACCACCAGGACCAACCUGUUCAUGUUUACAAUGUAUUUUGGUAAAGUAUUGUGCACCUUUGUGCAUUAAGUCAGGUUUUUUUGUGCUGUACUUUUAGACUCUUCUUUGCUACUCUGAGACAAAAAAAAAAGUAGUUUAAUUGUGAAAGAACUUUUAGAGUUGUGCUAUGUUUUUCUAAAUUUUUGUAAAAAAAAAAAAAAAAGAGUGAGUGGAAUAUAAAUUUUGCACUUUAACCAGGUUUCAGCUGAACACAUUGAUUUCAGAAUUAAUUUAAUUUGAACUCUAUGGAAACCUCCCAGAUCACACUGUACAUUUCAUAGUGUUUACAGUCAAAAUAAAGAUGAGACUUUGCUAAUAAUUGUCUAAUUUUGGUGAGUGAGAAGAUUAAAAUUUUACAUGUAAUUUAAUGGUAAACAAGUGAGGAGAGAGGCUAAAAUCGUAUGUUUGAAAAAAAUAUGAAUAAAUACAAAUGACUGCA